AUGGUGAAGCGUUGUGGGCGGCAGCAGAGGGCGUGUGAGGAGGACGAGGAAGAAUCGCAGCACCGUCUCGCACACGUGAGAGAGUGUGCAUGUCUCUCUCUCUGUGUGUGUGUAUGUGUGUCUGUGUGGAGCGCCAGCGGCAGCGGCGCGAUGCCUGGGGAGUGGUUGAGGCGCGUCGCCGCUGUGUGCAAGGCCGCCGUGGCUUCCGGUCCUCUCACUACUCUUCUACUGCUCUUCCUAUUGUUCCUCUUCCUGUUCUUCCUGCUGACGCUGCUGCUGCCGUUUGCUGCUGCUGUUGUUGUUCCUCCAUUCGGCGGAAGCUACCGGUUUGCGGACGACAAUGCUCACUCACUCCUCCCGCUGGAUGCUCCGCUGUCGAAAUACACAAAAUUACUCCCCAUCUUUUUCGCACGCACAGCGACAGUCAGGCGCCGCUGCAAGUACUUCACACGCCUCCACAAAGUUGCACGGCAUUGUGUUGCUUAUGACAAUCUCAGCGGUAAAAGAACAUGUGCUAUUUCUUCCUUCUUUCUAUUCUCAUUUGAUAGUUUUUUUUCCCCCCGUUCCGCUGAUUCCUUCCCAGUUUGUUUAGGGAGAGGGAGCGGAGACAUCCACUGA